AUGUCUUCCAGCGAGCCUAACUCCUCCCAGGAUCUCAAGUUCCCCCCUGUGCAGGUGGCCCACUCGCUCACUAAGCUUGAUCUUGAAACGCUCAUGAUGAGGUCGACUCAGCGCCGAGCCCCAGAAGAGGCGGGCAGCUCUCUCGACGACAGCAGUUAUGACUUGCUCGGCGACGGCGUCAUGGACAUGUCCGACGACGAAGCCCACACCGAGUCGAUCGCGUCCACCGACGGUCCCACGCCCGAUGACACGUCUGACGAUUUCAGUGAUGACGACGUCGAAUACGAAGCUGGCGAGCACCACUUACAAGAUAGCACAUACUCUUCGCACGGCGAAUCCCAAGAGCAGCAAACCCACGUACACCCUAUUCUAUCUGGGGAAGACUCCUCUUUGACAGAGGUUCCGCCAUACCUGAGUGGGAGCAUGAGCUCAAGGCAUUUCGUACUCCAAGAGCAGGAUACGGGCAGUUCUGAUGUAAGCCAUGGAAGCAGCGUCAUCAAGAGCUCGGCAGGUUAUACGGACGAGCUGCCACCGGUGUUCGACCGUUAUGGCUGCAAAGAGAUCAGGUUGUCGGUCAAGGCAGCCUUGUCCAAGGACCCUCUCGCCACCCCAGACGCAUACCGAAUACUGUAUAUUGGUAGUGGAAAGUGGGCAGAGGGCACCAUCACCUCUAAGAUCUGCGCAGCACUCGCUGCCUACCCUAGCGCCUCGAAGUCGGUCAUGGUCCGCGGCCACAUCGAGCCCUAUGCCCCCGUCCCGCACGCUGAUCGUUGUGCCAAAAUGGAGAUUCAUAAGUCGCGCGAGAAGAGGCACGUUCUCGCCAUCAUGGAAGAUGGACGACAGCUCAUGUUCGGCUCCGGCCUGUCUACUCACUCUUCAGAUCGACCAGACCUUGUGGUCCUCUGUCACCCAAGCGUCCUUGAUAGCACUGCUGACAAGCAAGAUCUUGCAUCUGCCAAGGAAGUAUUCGAACGCGAGACAAUCCCAUGCAUCGAACUUGCUGAGACCAAUCCUUUCGGAGCUGGAUCUUCCGUUGAUGAGAACACUACAACGUUACGGGUAUGCGUAGAAGGGCGAGACAACCCGAACACUGAUUACGAGCUGAAGGAGGUACUGCCCCUCGAUAUCCACCAGUUCGACCAACUCGAGCCAUCGCAGCUUAAUCGCCAUCUCGCACUCAUUAGUCCUCAUCUAGCGAAGGCACGGGGCACGAAGGCUGCCUCGACAGCCCGCAAAUCGUGGUUUAGUGACAAGACCAAGACGUCUACGAAGAAGAUGGGCUCACCAUGGCCAACUGCAAAGUUGCUAGCAUCUGCUUUCGUUCUCUUCGCCCUCAUCCCCGCGCUUCUCAUGGGUGCGGCUUAUACCCCUAUGCUGUACCAAAAGGUGUCCCAAGGGCGGUCAGUGUCACCAGCCGUUUCAGAGAUUCAAAGCAACACCACAACGAUCACGCCCGCAGCUUCAGUGUCUCCAAGUGCGGCUCGCUACCCGGAUUCAUGUCGCUCGAGCCUUGUACACGAAGCUCGAGGCCUCACUGUCGUACCGUCCCAGCCAAAGCAGGCUACCCAGAAGCCAAAGGCGAAGAACAGUCAGGCUGGAGGUUUCGAAAUCCAGAUCACCGGAGACCAUCAGUUUGUACUCCGUCCUUCUAAAUCCUUCAAUUCGAACCGGAAGAAACCCCAACUUCAGGUUCAAGUUUCUCGCCACUCUCAAGAGGUUCCAGCACAUUACAACCGGACCACCACUGGCGAGUACAUUGUCGACCUGGAUCAGCAGUAUCGAUUCGAUAAAUUCAAUGUCAGCAUUGCCACACAUUCAAAGCCUCUCUUGCGGCAAUCUUUCGAGGUGAUGCUCGGACACAACAAGUCGACGCUAGAUCAACUUCUCGACACCGCCAUGUCAAACAUAUUGGAUACACAAAACACCCUUCGCAACGUCUCCGCUGUAGCUGCACAGCACCUGCAAGAAUACAUGGCCGGGUUUGAUCUCUACGCUUCCAAGCAACUUCAGGAAACUAAGCAUCAACUGGAGAUGAAGGCUCAGCGGGCAAGACAGAUACCGGAUGCUACAUGGAUGGGGUUGCGAAAGGUGACCGCACCGAAGAAGAUGUCUGAAGCAGCCAAGCCCGACCCCGCCGCCGAGCAGAUCGCCAACCCUGCGGCGACUCUUGUCCAGGACGAGACCGCAAAGGUCACUACCGACAAGGCAUCUGACAAGCCCGAGACCACCACAGAGAGCAAGGAUGACAAGCCCAUCACAGAGAAGGCGACAGAGGCAGCGGCCGCAGUGAAGGACAACGUCUUUUCCAUGUUCGGUGGCGGCCCCGCAAAGGUCAAGAAGGAGGAGGCCGACGAUGUCGACGAGCCAUCAGGUGCUUCCAAGCCCAAGGGCGAGGACGAGGACCCCGAGAACGAAGAGCCCGAUGUCGACUUCCAGCCCGUCGUCCACCUCACCGAGAAGGUCGACACCAAGACCAACGAGGAGCUCGAGGAGCAAGUAUUCAAGAUGCGCGCCAAGCUGUUCAAGUUCGACAGGGAAUCGCGGGAGUGGAAGGAGCGCGGCACUGGUGACGUCCGGUUACUGAAGCACAAGGAGAAUGGCAAGACCCGUCUCGUCAUGCGCCGUGACAAGACCCUCAAGGUCUGCGCCAACCACUACGUUGUUCCCGACAUGAAGCUGUCGCCCAACGUCGGCAGCGACCGCAGCUGGGUCUGGAACGCCGCCGCCGAUGUCAGCGAGGGCGAGCCCGAGGCUCAGACCCUGGCCAUCCGGUUCGCCAACAGCGAGAAUGCCAACCAGUUCAAGGAGGCCUUCAUCAAGGCCCAGCAAGAGAACGAGGCGCUUUUCGGCAAGUCGGAGCAGUAA